UAGUAGUUUGUGGCUGAUGAAGGCCGGGUCGGAUCUACCAUCGUCAACUGCAGGGUCUCACCAAACAGUUCACCGAUCUAGGCUUCUUUCUUUUUCAUAAUUUCUGGUUUCUUCAAUCUGUUCUUUGUUUUCAGAUUCCGGAAAAGCCAUUUGGAAAUGGCAGCAAUUUACAGCCUCUACAUUAUCAACAAGUCUGGUGGCUUGAUCUUUUACAAGGAUUAUGGAUCUGCUGGACGGAUGGACACAAAUGAUAGCUUACGAGUGGCAAGUUUAUGGCACUCGAUGCAUGCAAUUUCUCAGCAAUUAUCGCCAGUUGCUGGUUGUUCAGGGAUUGAGCUUCUUGAAGCGGAUACAUUUGAUCUCCAUUGUUUCCAAUCACUCACUGGCACAAAGUUCUUUGUGGUCUGUGAGCCUGAUACACAGCACAUGGAAGGUCUCCUGAAAGCCAUCUAUGAGUUAUACACGGAUUAUGUCUUGAAGAAUCCCUUCUAUGAGAUGGAGAUGCCUAUAAGGUGUGAGCUUUUUGAUAUAAACCUAACACAGGCAGUACAGAAGGAUCGGGUUGCCUUGUUGGGCCGAUAAUCUCCUUUGGGACUUGUAUCUGACCUACUUGUUAUUUGAUCUGAUUGAGUCUAAUGUUCAUUAUCAAUUUAUCAGAGCAAUCUUAUUUUCUAGUUGAUAUGAUAAGAUAGCUCAUUUUUUGUUAAGAGUACAAGCUGAUGUUAAUUUCUGGAUGAUUAAGCAUGUGAGGAAUGGUGUACUCAGCGAUGGAGAGAGUGUUUCUUCUGGAUGGAUUGUUUGGAAAUCAUCUUGUCAAAAUUGUUAAGAACUUGUAUUACUCGUAUACUCUAUCUGAGCAAUCUUAUGGGCUGUGCUUUGUUAUUGGAUUUCA